AUGAUUCUGCUCAACUCAGAAGCAGCAGCAGUCUUACCCACAGACAAUCAGAGGAGCGAUGGCUGCACUGAACUGCCAGACUAUCUGACUUCGAACCGCUCACAGCCGCCCCGAUACUCCCGUGUCCGCAAACCGAAGAACCCACUCACAUAUACGUUUACUCAACCCGGAUUCGGCAACCUGAAUGACCCUAUGGUAAUGGUCCCUCCGUCAGAUUCAGACGACCAAGGCCGAUACCGCGUUUCCGUUGCGCUCAACUUGAAUCCUUUUGUGCCGGUCUCGUAUCGCACCACGAUACACCGAGUGCAAGAAACCCAAGAAGCGUUUAUUGGAGAUUUUGAGCUCUCUUUAAAUCAUCGACGAGCUAUCGUUACCAUCGGGGAUGUGACUACACGCCUCGUCAAUGUCUUAUAUAGCAUCAAUUCUUCUUCUCGUCACUGGUCAUGGAGAUGGGACGAAAUCGGUCUACGAUGGGAUUGUCGAACCACAUUAGAAGACGGCUCGCCUAUGUGUAUCUGUUACACGCUUGCAUCUACUACCCAGCUCGCAACUUUUGUUCCGCCGCCAUUAGAUGCACCGCAUCCUCUACCAGAAGCUGUCUUGACAAUAUUUCCGGACGGGCACGAGUUCUUUGACCAUAUCCUUCUGUCCGCGUUGAUUGUGCAGCGCAAGAUGGGUUUGGAGUUCUAG